CCGCCCGCCCGCCCGCCGGCCCUCUCCUUUGCCCGAUGAGCCACGACGCGGAUGACGGCUUUGCCCGGCCGACCUUUGGCGGCGAGCCUGCGCCCCAGCCGGCCCCGGCGCCGGUUCCGGCCGCCGAGCGCAUUGACUUCUUCAAUCCGCCGGAGGGGGUGCCGGCCCUGCGGUACACCCCGCUGGCCAGCGGGGCGCCGCUGGCCCACCGGUAUACGCUGGACGUCUUCAAGGAGGACCAGCUGCUCGGGGAGCUGGACCUCCAUGCCCAUGGCCAUGCCUUUUUCGUUGUCGGCCGCAUCCCGCACUCGGACCUGGUGCAGACCCAUGCGUCGAUCUCGCGCUACCAUGCGGUGCUGCAGUUCUGCAGCUCGGGCAAGAUCUUCCUCGUGGACCUCGGCAGCACGCACGGGACCUUCCUGAAUGAGCAGCGCGUUUCGCCGCACCGGCACCUGCGGGUAUUCUCCGGCGACCGGAUCGCCUUCGGGGCCAGCACGCGCACCUUUGUGCUGAACACCACCGACGAGGCGGCCGACCGGCUGGAGGCGGCCGAGCGCCGCGAGUUGCUGGCCGCGCAGCAGCAGCAGCAGCAGCAGCAGCAGCAGCAGCAGCAGCAGCAGCCACCCUCCAAGAAGGACUCGGGCAUGGUCACAUCGCGACGGCCCGAGGAGCAGGAGGAUGGCGAGGAUGACCCCCGGGCUCACGAUGACAACUUCGCCGGGGACAUGACCGAUGCGCCGCUGGCGGUGGACCGGGACGAUGCGUCGUACGCGUCGGAGCCACGCCGAGUCCUGGCGGCCUGGUUCGAGUCCCGCGGCGAGGCCAUGGAGGUGGAGGUGGUCGAGGAGCGCGGCGGCCGGCGCGUCGGCAUGCGCGACGACGAGGACGACGAGCUGGACUUCGGCGGCCGGCGCGGGGGCUCGGCCAGCAGCUUCGCCCGGGCCACGCGCGGCCCCGGGCCGCACUUCUUCGCCACCGUCAGCCUGCCUCUGUACAAUCGCGAUGGCGACCAGGUCAAUGGCACGGGCGAUGCCUCGCGAAAGCGCGACGCCGAGCUGUCCGCCAUCCUGGACGCCUGCCGGAAGCUCUUCCAUCUGGGGGUCCUGCACAAGCGGGGGCACCUAGGCCGGCGGUCGGGCCCGGUGUCGCGAGCCGGGCGCAGCGACCGCGACGACUUCUUCGACCGGACACACGGCGACGCGGCGGCCGACGAGACGACCACCGGCGGGGCGGCCCCGGCCUCGGCCGAGCAGCUGGCCAGUCACCGGUAUGUGUGGUUCGACGAGCGCGGCGUCCAUUCGCUGGCGUCGCUGCAGGCAGACCGCGCGCGCGUGGAGCAGGGCCAGCGGAUCUUGGCCUGCGCGCUUCAGGACAUCACCACGGAGGCGGCGGCGCUCCGACAGCGGGCCACCAAGCAGGACGACAUCGAUGCCUAUGUCACGCGCCUGCGUCUGGACGAGCUGACCGAACGUCUGCCGGCCAUCCGGCGAGCGUCCCAACAGGCGGAGGAGGCCCUGGUCCAGAUUGAUAAGUUGCUCGCUGUGGCGGCUCCCUCGGCUUCGGCCUUCGCAUUUGCCCGCGCGCCGGCCGCGGCCGCCGGGCCGAAGGCCCCUGAAUCGGCGUCCUCGAUGCCGGCCGCGCCUGAGCCGACGGUCCCGACGCCGGCCGCCCCUGGGGAGCCAGUGGGCCCGAAGCCGGCCGCCCCCGGGGAGCCAGUGGGCCCGAAGCCGGUCGCCCCCGGGCCUAAGCGCCCCGGGCCGGAGGACACGCAGGAGGCGUCGCCCGCGCCGAAGCGCCCGCGGCCUGGGGUCCUGCCGCCGCCGCCGCCGCCGCCCGACGAUUCGGACAUCCUCCCGGACGAGACCAUCCCCCUGGCCACAGUGGGCGGCCGGGCCCCCGGCGCCGGGUGGAAGCCACCCGCCGGGCAAACCGGCGACGGCCGAACCAGCCUCAACGACCGGUUCGGCUACUGA